GACAAAACAGCUACUUACCUAGCGUACAUAAAAUAAGAAAUCAACAAAGACGAAAACGCAGCGGUCGCUCAAAGUCCCUCCCAGUUUCUGAAGGGUUUUGUGUCUCAGUUUACACAGCAAAUGGCAGCUUCGGGAUCAGACCACGGAGAAACUUGUAGUAACGAGGCAACACACCACAAGACCCUAGCGGAGUCGAAAUUCAACAGCGGCGACUUGAUCUCAGCUCUGAACCACGCGCGUAAAGCUCUCGCCUUGUCUCCGGACACGGAAGGUGUAUCCUCCAUGGUCACCGCCUUCGAAACAAUCACCACCACCUCCGACGGAGAUGCGCCGGAGUGGUAUAAGAUUCUAAAGGUAGAGCCUUUCUCUCACAUCGAUAGGAUAAAGCAAAAGUAUAGGGAGCUAGCUUCGGUGUUGGAUCCUGAUAAGAAUCCUUAUGUGGGGUGUGAGGAAGGGUUCAAGCUUGUGAAUGAGGCUUUUGAGGUUUUGUCUGAUGAGGUUAGGAGGAGUGAGUAUGAUGCGAAGUUGAGGAUUAGGAUUCAGGGCGAGAUUGGUGCUUGUGAUGGUGAAACGUUGACGUUUUCGACGGUUUGCUCUGGUUGUGGGUUGGUGCAUAAGUAUUUGGGGGAGAGUUUGAUGUGUAGUAGUUGCAAGAAGAGUAUUGAGGCAAAGGAAGAAGAGGGUAGUGAGAGUAGAGCUUGUUCUUCCAAGAUUAUAACUUAUACUAGGAGGAAGAAGCGUGUUGGUGAGGGUGGUGAAAGUGUGAGAAGAGUGAGUGAGAUGAGAGAGGAAGAAGCAGAGGCUUUAAUUGUACCUGUGACUAGUUUGGAUGAAGAAGAUGAAGGGAUGAUGACUUUAGCAGAGAUGCAAUCAGUUUUGAAGAGAAAGAAAUCGAAGGUGAAGAUCACUGAGAAAAGUAGCACUAGAGAAGAACAGAAGAUAUCUUCAGGUGAUGAAACGUUGAUGGAGAUGAGCACUAACAAGGAGAAAGAAGCUUUGAAGAAUAAGAGUAAUACAAAGAAGAAGAGGAAGAAGACGAACCACAAGGAGUUAAGUGAGUUAGUGGAUUUAGAAUACGUGCCAGGGGUUGUUAAUAGGAAGAGGGAACGUGGUAAGAUGAACCAAGAAACCUACAUGGAAGAGGAGGAUCUUGAACUGUAUGAUUUUGAUAAAGACAGGAUGCCUAGAAGCUUCAAGAAAGGGCAGGUUUGGGCGGUGUACGAUGAUGACAAAAUGCCUCGGAGUUACUGUUUGGUAAGUGAAGUCGUCUCUUUAAACCCUUCUUUUAAGGUAUGGAUAAGCUGGUUGGAUUUUGAGAGCGAGAAGCUGAUCUCUUGGGUGAAGAACAGUGCUUCUCUUGUUCCUUGUGGGAGGUUCCGGGUUUCUUCAGAGAAAGCUCUGGUCCAACAAGUGAAACUGUUCUCUCACGUUGUCAACUGCGAGAGGGUUGCACGAGAAGUAUACCAGAUAUAUCCUAGGAAAGGCUCGGUCUGGGCUGUCUACUCAGAGACAAACCCAGGUCUUCAGAGAAGAAAGACUAGACGCUGUGAGAUUGUUGUGUGUUUGACGAUGUACAGCGAUGCGUAUGGCUUGAGUGUGGCCUAUUUGGAGAAGGUUAACGAGGAGUGUAGCAGCUUGUUCAAGAGACGGGAUUAUGGGUAUAAUGCGGUCAGGUGGGUUGAGAAAGACGAUGUUGCGGCCUUGCUCUCUCAUCAGAUUCCGGCUAAAAAGCUGCCGGAAGAUCAAUCCGGAGCUGGUCUGAGAGAGUCUUGGGUUCUUGAUCUUGCUUCUGUUCCUCCUGAUUUGGUUGCUGCAACCUAGUAAAACAUAGCUGCUUCUUUUUUUUUUCUUUUGGUUUCUCCUUAUCAUGAUAUAUGUCAUUUUAAUAACAAAAAGAUUAGUUA